CGGGGGGAUCCGUGUCCGGGCUCCAGUCCAGGUUUUCCACGUGUCUCCCAGGGUGAUUACACUGCUUUGACUGGGGCCAAGCUAACUCUGUCCAAAGAGGCUAAUAUUGCUCACGCCGGUGACAAAGCAUGGAGUGCCUGUAGCACUGCCUCGUCCAGACGCUUCAGGGAAAGGAGAAGUGGACUCCAGGAUGCAAAGGGGGAAACUUCAGAACGGACCGUAACUGCUUCGUCUGUUUGUCUUUGUGUUUUUUGUACGUGAGAAGCAACUGGUUCGCUUGUCAGCCAUGGAGUUUGGGAGAAUCCAUUCGAAGUUCCACAAAACUCUGCUCAUCACCAUGAUGAUGUUCAAAUGGGGGAUAUUCUGCUCCGGCUCGUCGGAUAAGUGUCUGUCGGAGCCGUGUCAGAACGGGGCCACGUGCGUGGACACCAUGGACGACUACGUGUGCCUGUGCCCGCGCGAGGCCGUGGCCUACAUGGGCAAGGACUGCCAGCUGCUGUACGACGGCUGCUCCUUCGCCCGCUGCCCCGGCUGCACCAGCGUGCCGGGCACCCGCCAGCACACCUGCCCCUGCCCCCCGGGCUUCGCCGGGCCCAACUGCACCCUGGACGUGGACGACUGCCAGAGCGCCCCCUGCGGGCCGCCCAGGGACGUGUGCGUGGACGGGGUGGACGCCCACUUCUGCGUGUGUCCCGCGGGCUUCGGAGGGGACGACUGCCGGACGGAGGUGCGGGACUGCUCCGCGGAGCCCUGCCUGAACAACGGCACGUGCGGGGCCACGCCCCUGGGCCACCGCUGCCAGUGCCCGCCGGGGUUCCGGGGGGAGCAGUGCGAGGAGGACGUGGACGAGUGCCUGUCGGACCCCUGCCGAAACGGCGCCAUCUGCCUGGACGGCGCCGACCAGUACCACUGCUUCUGCGUCCCCGGUUUCCAGGGCUACAACUGCGAGAUCGACAUCAACGAGUGCGCCUCGCGGCCCUGCGAGAACAACGCCACCUGCGUGAACGAGAAGGACCGCUACGCCUGCGCCUGCCUGCUGGGCUUCACCGGGGUGAACUGUGAGAUGGAGAUCGAUGAGUGUGGGUCGGAUCCCUGUCAGAACGGGGCUACCUGUCAGGACCGGGUGGGGCUGUACACCUGCGAGUGCGUCCCCGGGUUCCAGGGCCCCAACUGCGAGGUCAACAUCGAUGAGUGCGUGAGCGCGCCCUGCCUCAACAACGGCACCUGCAAUGACCUUGUGAACAGAUACUCAUGUGACUGCAGUGACACAGGGUUCACAGGGGAGCACUGUGAAGAGGACAUCCCUGAGUGUGCGUCUGACCCCUGCCAGAAUGGCGCCACCUGCUGGGAGGGGGUGAAACUGUACAGCUGCCUCUGCUGGCCAGGCUAUGAAGGGGAGCGCUGUGAGGUGGAUAUAGAUGAGUGUGAGGCGCAGCCGUGUGAGAACGGUGGAGAGUGCAUCCAGCGCUCAGACAGGGCGCAUUACGGAGAGCUGCCUGAGAGAGAGUGGGAGUUCUACGCCUACGCUGCCGGAUACCUGUGCCAGUGCCAACCUGGAUACGCAGGAGAGAACUGUUCGCUGGAUAUAGACGAGUGCCAGUCCUCACCCUGCCUAAACGGUGGGAGCUGUGAGGAUCACAUCAAUGGGUACACCUGCACCUGCCCUCCUGGGUUCACAGGUUUGGACUGUGAGGUGAACAUUGAUGAGUGCGAGAGCGCCCCCUGCCAGAACGGGGCGCUAUGUCAGGACGGUGUGGCCGACUACACCUGCGUCUGCCCUGAGCUGGAACCCGACGCCCUGCCGUGGGGGGGCCGGCACUGCGACGUGCUCCUGCUGGGCUGCGUGGCACACGCCUGCGAAAACGGCGCCACCUGCCGGCCCUGGGUGGCCUCGGACGGUCUCCACGGCAGCACCUGCGUCUGCCCGCCAGGGUUCUACGGGGAGCUCUGUGCCACGCCAACCACCUUCUCCUUCUCUACGCCCGGAUUUGUCCUGGUGGAGGUGCCGCCGGCCAAUCGCAGCCGCCGGUGGGCGGAGCCAGGGCCCGGGCAGGCGAGCGUGAGCCUGCGUCUCCGCACCACCCUGCCGGACAUGGUGGUGUUCCACCGGGGCGACGCCCACAACUUCCUGUCCCUGGAGAUCGUUGGCGGCAGCCUGCGGGCCAGGGCGGAGUCAGAGGGCGGGGCUCAGGAGGCGUGGCUGGAGGGCGUGGUCAGCGACGGUGACUGGCAGGAGGUGGGCGUGGUCGUCGGGGCCGGGCUGAUGCUGGUCCUGAAGGGGGCCGGGUGCGAGGGUGAGGAGGGCUGCCGAGCUGAAAACAUGGACCCCGCCAUGACCUUUGACCCCAUGGCAGAGUCCAUGAAUCAGGUGUACGUGGGCGGGGUCCCUGAUGACUACCUGGACACCACAAAGACCAGGACAGGGUUUGUGGGAUGCAUGGAGGACCUGCUGGUGGACGGCCGACCCAUCCUGCCCCAAAACCUGUCCCCUGGCCAGGAUGAGGACCUGCAGCCGGGCUGCCUCAAGACCGAGUGGUGCCAGCCGGACCCCUGCUCCGACCACGGCCAGUGCAUCGACCUCUGGACCCACUUCCGAUGCGACUGUCACCGGCCGUUCCAUGGGGAUAGCUGUGAAGAGGAGUACCCCUCCUGGACGUUCAGCCACGAGAACUCGUCGAGCUACGCCGCAUUCGACAUCCCCGCCGCGCUCGGCUCCGACUUCAGCGCGUCCUUCUUCCUGCGUUCCCUGAAACGGGACGGCCUGCUGCUGCAGCUCCAGCGGGAGGGGGCGCCGUACCUCAGCGUGUUUCUGCGGAUGGGCCGGCUGUGGGCCGCCGCCCCGGACGCGCCCCCGGCCGCCGCCCCCGUCUACGUGGCCGACGGCGAGAGGAGGCUGGUGGAGCUGGAGCUCCGGCAGGGCCUGGUGUCCCUCCGGCAGGGGGCCGCGCUGUACCCGCUGGGCGCGCUGCCCGCGGUGGGCGUGGAGGCGGGGGAUUCGGCCUUCGUGGGCGGCCUCCCGGAGGGCGGGGGCGACCUGGAGGCCUGGGGGGGGCACUUCAAGGGCUGCCUUCAAGACGUGCGUCUGGGCCGAGUGCGGCUGGACCUGGACGCUCGCGCGGACGCUGGCGGUGACGCUGACGGUGACGCUGGUGGUGACACUGACGGUGACGCUGACGGUGAUGCUGAGGAGCGCUACUUCCCUAGCGAUGCCAAGGACUUGGAGCCUGGAUGCAUCAGCGAUGACACCUGUCUGGUGGAGCCGUGUCAGAGCGGGGGCGAGUGCAGGGUCACCUGGAACGACUUUGCGUGCGCGUGUCCCGUGUUCUUCACGGGGAAGACGUGCGAGACGCGCGUGUGGUGUGUCAGCGACCCCUGCGUGAUGGGCGGCCGCUGCGUGGACCUGCCCGAUGGAUACGAGUGCCUCAGCAACGCCACGUUUGAAAGCAGCGCCCUGCGGUUCAGCGCCGGCGGCUCCCUGGUCGCCCCGGUGACCGGCGUCUCCAUGGAGGUGCGCACGCGGACGUCGGACGGCGUGCUGCUGCGCGCCUCGCUGGGGGAGGAGCUCUUCAGCGUGGGGCUCCGGAACUCCUCCCUCCUGGUGAGGAUCCGCCACGCCAACGGCCUGGAGGCCCUGGCCUUCUCCAGCCGCCGCCCCGUCGCCGACGGCGACUGGCACCGCGUGCGCGUGUCCAUGGCCGAGCCCCAGCAGGGGGCGUCGCGCUGGCUGAUCGCCGUGGACGGCUGGAGCGAGGGGGGCAGCCCCGGCUCGGCGGGGAGCCUCGACUUCCUGGGCGAGGCCCCCGUGUGGGUCGGGGAGGAGUUCGCCGGUUGCCUCGGCGACGUGAGGGUGGGCGGGGUUUACCUGCCUUUCGUGGACGACGGCCGACCGCCGCAGCCCGCCCGCUUCGUCCGGGACGGGGGAGGGGACGUGCGUCUGGGGUGCGCGGGACGCCCCGUUUGCCUCUCUCAGCCGUGCCAGAACGACGGCGCCUGCCUGGACCUCUUCGACCUCCUGGCGUGCUCGUGCGCGCCCGGGUGGGAGGGGCCUCUCUGCGAGCGCGACACGGACGACUGCGCAGCCGAGCCCUGCGCGCACGGCGUCUGCGCAGACCUCCUGGGGGGCUUCCGCUGCGACUGCGAGCCAGGGUACGAGGGCGACCUGUGCCAGGAGGACGUGGACGACUGCCCGGGGCACGGCUGCCAGAACGGGGGCACCUGCGUGGACGGGGUGGACCUCUACACCUGCGUGUGCCCCCCCGACUUCACAGGACCCCUCUGCCAGUGGCAGUACCCACCCCUGCUGUGUGAGGAGGAUGUGCAGUGCGCCAAUGGCGGGACCUGCAUGGACAGGCCCUGGGGAGCAGACUGCACCUGCAGUCCAGGAUACGCAGGGGACAGGUGUGAGCUGGAAGCAGACGAGUGUGAGUCGAACCCGUGUCUGAACGGGGGAACCUGCUUGGACCAAUUCAACAGGUUCCAGUGUGUCUGCGUUCCUGGCUUCAUUGGCAGGCACUGCGAGAACAGCAAGCAGGAGAGGAGGGACCGCGUGCCCUGGCUGGUGGUGGCCAUCCCGCUGGGCUGCUGCUGUGUGCUGCUGGCCGUCAUCGGGCUGAUCGUCAUGGUGAUGACGGCGAGGAAGAAGCGCCAGUCGGAGGGCACGUACAGCCCCAGCCAGCAGGAGGUGGCGGGGGCCCGGCUGGAGAUGGACAGCAUGCUGAAGGUGCCUCCCGAGGAGCGACUCAUCUGAGCCCAGGACCCCCCCCUCCCCCAUGACCCCCCCAUUCUGCACCCUGGCACACCCCUGCCAAUUUACCGAAUCACCUCUCUCUCAAAGCAACUAUGUGCGACUGUGACACUUUUCAAGGUAAGAUUUUAGAGACUCGGGCUAUAAAAUGGCGUCUGUGUUUUGACCCCACUCCAGCUAGUUAAACAGGACACACCAGCCCUCUCCACUCUUUACUGCAGGUGUGGCUACAAGAGUGAAAGCUGUUCUGACCAAUGAGGUCAAGUAAUGCAAUGACAUCACACCGUAAAUCUACCCACGGUUUAAGGAUAAGUCAUGGGACCUCCAGGGGCGGGGCCACAGCCCAACGUGGAAGGAGAACCUGGGGUCGGGACAGGGGCCGGCCUUGUUGCCUUGGAGACCUGCUGCAGACUCCUGUGACGCAUGGAGGGGAGUGGGCAUGCCUGCUGUGACCAGGCCCACCCUUAGGGGCAGUGAGAAUACUCAACAGGGCACCUACCUUGGCACCUCCCUGGCAGUGGGCAGGGGGGUGUGGGGCGGAGCGGGCACGGACGCUGGCAUGGAACCGUGCUCUUCCCCACACCUGGGGUUUCCAGUGCCCAGACUUUGCCAGUUAGUGGCCUCGCACACGGGCUGCCUGACGCACCUGUGAAACUUCCUUUCCUCUGUCAUUCCUUCUUGUUUACUUUUUUGCCACUUAAUAUGACUUUGAUAUGCGAUAAUGCACAGUAUAUGUAUAUUUUGAGUUGUGUGGGUGUGUGUGUAAUAUUUGUACAAGCUAUUGUGUGUUUAGUUAAAACAGAAAGAAGUUAAAAUGUGACAUUAGAGCUGUAUAAAGGGAGUGGUCCACCCUGGCCUCUGUCUCCCUCUCCUAGUGGGUGCUGCUGUAAAUACAUAUUUAUAUUUUCCUUACGGUAAAACAGAACUAAAAGGAUCCAUCUUUAAAUGGGCUUCGAUAACCCAUCUCCAUUUGUAGUCGCUUCCCUAUUCUGGUGGUCUUCCAUGUAACACAAGAUGUCGCUGCAGCUUCCUUCUAGUUGAUCUGUGAGGGAAACGAGGCUGAACGCAGGUCUGUGUGAGUAGGGCUUAGAUGAUGGAAACCAGCGACUGCGGCUGGCAGUCCUGCACAGGGGCGUGCGAUAGGUCACAGUGAGGGAGUGAACACAAGACCCUUAAACGUGAUGGCGUGUGAUAGGUCACAGCGAGGGGGUGAACACAAGAACCUUAAACGUGAAAGUACGAGGACAGGAGAACACAAAUGUAAACUGUGGCUGAUUAUAAGAUCUCAAAAAAUUUUUUUUAAAUCUAAAUGUUUUGUGUUUCCCCCGCAUGUUCAUACGGAAGUUAGCCCUAGGCUACCAGUCCAGUCUCAUUCAGCGCCUGCUUCUGUUGCCCCCGUUUCUGUGCUUAAUGGAAACUGACAUCACAGAUAUGCUAGGCCCACCAGAUACUCAGUUCUGUCUCAACACUGAAAUGUCUGUCUCCCUACUGUUGAAACCCAAACAGUCCACGCACUUGAUGAUGCACUCCCUCUGAAAUUUCAUUAAGGGACCUGACUAAGGACAAUGAUGUGACAAUGGAGGUUCUCUACUGUGACACGGCAUUGGAAACGCAUGUGACCAACAGGAACCUCCUGUAAUUAAGAAGCAUAGCCAGAAGGAAUCCAAGAGCUGUGUGUGUGUGUGUGUGUUUAAAGAAGUCAGUGUCACUCUCUUCACUUUAGGGUUGAAAAGUAGAACAGCACUGGACGUGUACAUAACUGUGUGGGAUAUCUACUGUAUUUUCACCUGUAUUUCUGUUUUGUGUGGUAAAUAAGGUUUUUAUUGUUAUUGUCUAAGUUGAUUGUUUUUUAUAAAUGUAAAAAUGUGCUGUAUUUAUCAUAACUUGGGAGAUGUUACCUAUAGUUCACCUGAAAAACAAAAACUCAAAAAUGUGAAAA